AGUACUAACCAGUACGAGCUAUAGAAUUUUGUUUUUUGUUUAUAACCGUGGUUACCCACCCUCUCUGAUCAAAAUACUAUGAUUUUAGUAUCUUACAUUGAUAUUUUAGAUUUUGUUGGUGGCGAUAGGCUUUGCCUCAUCGAAGGAGAAGAAAUCUUCAAUGAUAAUAAAGUUGCGAACGUCGAAGUGCUGUGCAGAUCUGCUGGAGAAUGCUAUGAUGUUUCAGCAACCUGCCAAGACACUUCACAUUCCAAAAAUGUUACUGUUUGUAUUAAAAUUGACGAAAACAAGAAGAAAAGUUUUCUAUCGAAUUGUACCUGUGUCCGUAGUGGAUUAGGAAAAUGCGGACAUGUUGCUGCUAUUCUCAUUUAUCUGCACAGAAACCCCCUUAGCUGCUCAAAUGACAGUGAUGCAGCCCAAUUGCCUCCAAAGUCUCAAUUUGAGUUGAAAAAUUCUGAAAGAAAAAUUGACAAUAAUUCAUUGAAGGAAGAUCAUAUUGGGAAAAGGCCAGAGGAGCAAUAUUGCAGAAAAUUGAGGAAUAAGCGUCCUAUAGCUGCUGUUGGAACAACAAGUCGUGGUGAGACCAAAUCUAAAUCUGUGAUUAACAAGACAACUAACCUUGACAAUGUCAAGGCUAUCGAAGAUGUUGAUGACCCUACCUGGGUCAAGGAAAGUGACGGAGAGGAUGAUGAGGCCAUUGAUUUUUCACCUUCAUCUGAUGACGAUUGGAAGCCUUCGCCUGAGAAAAAACGUCAAAAAAGGAAGAUUUCUUUAUGUUCCUCAAAGGAUCCUAAAGGUGUCUCAAAAGCUCGGGAAAAGAAACAUCACAUGACUAUACUAAAAGAAGACCAGGAAGCAAGAGAACUCUCAUCUUCUGCAUUUCAAGGAUGCGAAGGAGAGGAGCAGAAAGAAGAUGAAGACAAAGCGGAUGAUACUUCAACAAGAACAGAAUCCCAGAAGAAAAGCCUGGCAGUUUCAGCACCAUUCGAAGAGGAAGAGGAGGAAGACAGCAAUCUGACAAUGGAACCAUUGCAGUGUCUUCUGUGUGAAGUGGCUACUGGCACUAGACAGGAAAUGCAUGGCCACUACAUACUGGCACAUCGCACCAAAAACAGAGACACAGUAGUUGUGUGUGAUCGAUGUGGGGAUUUCCGACUGCCAAGGGACCACAUCUGCCCGUCGCAGCAGUCGUUCCGGUGCCGCAUGUGCCGAGUCUCGUUCCAGUCGGGCCGCUUCUACUGGAACCACCUGAUCCGCGUCUCCAAGACGCACACUGCGCGCCUGGAGAGGGGCGAGCAGGGCGCACAGGGCGCGCAGGGCGCGCAGGGCGGACUGCCUCGCUGGCGCUGCGGCUGGUCGCGGUGUGCCGAGCGCUUCCCGACCGAGGAGGAGCUCAUGAUCCACGUCCGCCUGCACCUGCCCCAGCCCGUGGCCCACAUGUGCACCGUCUGCAACCUGCUGCUGCCAAACGCGGACGCCAAGGUGCUCCACCUGGCCAAGCACGACUCGAGCGUGUACGAGUGCGCGGCCUGCGCGCACGCGUGUGCCGACAAGGAGGCCUUGCGCCAGCACUGGCAAGUGCACGCCAACGAGCGGCCGCACCUCUGCGACCAGUGCGGGUGGCGCUUCGUCAGCGAAGACCUGCUGCAGGUCCACGCGCGCAAGGUGCACGAGGGCGGCCCCUUCUCGUGCAACAAGUGCCCCACGACCUUCAACGACCGCACGGACUUGCGCGUGCACUUCGGCGCGGCGCACGGCAAGGUGCGCUGCUGGCAGUCGUCCUGCACGUUCCGGUGCACCAGGAAGGCGUCGCUGCAGCGCCACGAGAGGCAGGUGCACCGGGCGCACGCCAAUGCAGCCGAGGACGACGUCGACGUCGACUUCAACGUGGACGACCCGCCGCCGCCCCCGGAGACGGUGUUGGCGGAUGCCAGCGGCGACGACAGCUCGCUGACGUGCCCCGUUCCGGCGUGCGGGGCGAGCUUCGCCAAGCGCGGCAAGCUGCGCGACCACGUCCGCGACGUCCACGACGGCGCCCCUGUCAUCUGCCCCGAGUGCAACAAGGCCUUCCGGACGCGGCGCGCGCUCGACGAGCACGUGCGCGUGCACACGGGGGAGCGGCCCUUCGUCUGCGCCGAGUGCGGCAUGUCCUUCAAACGCGUCCAGAACCUGGAGUACCACAUCAAGGGCGCGCACAAGAACGAGCGCAACUUCUCGUGCCCCGAGUGCGACAAGCGGUACAUCUCCAACGCCGACAUGCAGCGACACCUGCGCUACAGCCACCAGGACAGCAGGAAGUGGCACCUGUGCACGGAAUGCGGCCACAAGGCGCCCAGCCUGUUCAACCUCAAGCAGCACGUCCAGAGCAAGCACACGGGGGAGCGGCCGCACAAGUGCUACAUCUGCCAGGCGGGCUUCGUCGCCAAAUCGGACCUCACGAAGCACAUCAUGUACAAGCACGACAAGCAGCAGCCGUUCCCGUGCCCGGACUGCGAUCGGCGGUACCAGCGGCGCCGCGACCUGCAGCUACACCAGCAGCGCCACCACGCCACUGGUCACACCUGCCCCGAGUGCGGCAAGGCCUUCGACUCGUACGCGUCCAUGAUGCAGCACGCGCGCUACCACACCAACGAGGAGGCGUUCCAGUGCGCCGCGUGCGGCCGCCGCUUCCCGCACCGCAUGAACCUGAGCCGCCACCUGUGCACGCCCGACAUCAAGAAGAACUUCCGCUGUAAGACGUGCGGGCUGACCUUCACCACCAGCGGCAGCCUCAAGUCGCACCGCCGGCGGCUGCACCCCACCGAGUACGCCGCUGACCUCGCCGAGCCCACAGCCAAGCAGGCCAAACAGGAUCAACAGAACCAGGAUCAAGAACACCAGGAUCAAGAGCACCAGGAUCAAGAACAUCAGGAUCGAGAACAGCAACAGCAGCAGGAGUCGCAGACGGUGGAGCAGCCCUCAGAAGACCAGCAGCCGCCGCCGCCACCCUCAGAAGAGCCACCCCCGGAGCAGCCACAGCCGGUGGCGCAGACGCCGCAGACCUCAUCACCCCAGUACCUGCCGCCGCCGGCUGCCCAGUCCCCCGUCAUACAUCACGCCUCGCUCAACCAACAGCCGCAUCAGCAGCCACCGCAGCAGCCGCAGACACCGCAGCCCGUGACGCAGUUGGCGGCGCACGAAGCGGCGCAGCAAAGCCGGCAACACGUGGUCGUACAUCAACCGCGACAUCACCAGGAGGAGCAACAGCACGCGGACCAGCAGCCCCAGCAGCACGCCGCGCUGGGGGAGGCGCACGGCGCGUGGGUGAUGCAGCCCGCCGGGGCCGCGACGGCCACGACGGCCGCGCUGACGCAGGACGACGCUAUCCUCACGCUGACGACCUGCCCGACGUACCACGACCCGGAGAGCGCGCCGCCGCCCCUCGUGCUGCAGCCGCUGCAGCAGAGCAACGUGCUGCGGUACUCGGCGCUGCCGACGGACGUGCCGCUGGUCGUGAAGGCGCCGCCGCCGCUCGUGUCGCUGCAGGUCAAGGCCGACCAGCAGCAGGUGAUGUACGCGCAGCCCGCGGUGCCCACCGGGACUCUCGUGUCCGCCGCCCCCACCGUCAAGCUGGUCUCGGUGAGCCAGAGCCAGCCGCCGCCACUGGCGUCGCUGUCCUCGUCGGGGCAGAUCCUGGGCGCGCCCAUCCAGAGCACGGCGGACGGCUCCAUCCACCUCGUGUUCGUCCCGGCCCCGACCGUGCCGGCCGUCCCCGCCGUCCCCGCGCACACCAAGUAGGCCAAGUAGUGCGGGACCUUGCCGCAGGUGGGGAUAAUCCUGCGGGCCGCCUGGGGCCGCGCACCCAGCACUUGGACUCUUUGCCCUCCCCCUUUUUUCACUAUCCGAUUCGGCCCUUUUAUCCCCGCCACUGCAGGACAGGGCCGCCGUUUCUUGUUGAUCUUGGCUCGGCGCCGCUCUGCCGCUCCGCGCGGCCAGCGAAUAUAAGGUGGCGGACAAAAAGGCUCUCAGAGUCGAGUGGAGUGCUGGAACCCUUGGUUACCAUAGCCUCAUCGGUUUAAUUCAAACGUUUUAUCAAUUUUGAAACAAAAAAAAAUGAAAUGAGAAUUUUUACAAAACCGUGUGAAGUACGUAGAUAUGAAAUUUGUUUUUGCUCUGUGUUGUUGGUACCUUUCAACUUGAUUAGUCAUUAGUUAAUACCUGUAAUGUUGAAUUUUGAACGUUCAUCUCUUUAAAUUUGUGAUUUCUUGGAGUGAUCUUUACACGAUCCUUGCCCACGAGUAACUGAUCAACUCCCCCAGUAUCACAUAUGUCUGUGACUUAUUUAUUUGUUGUUGUUUUUUUAUUGUUGGCUGACGAGUCGUGUAAUGUAUGUAAUUUAUACAUAGAAUAAAUACAUCUCUUUAAAUUUGUGAUCUCUUGGAGUGAUCUUUACACAAUCCUUGCCCACGUGUAACUGAUCAACUCCCCUAGUGUCACAUGUGUCUGUGACUUAUUUAUUUGUUGUUUUGUCUUUAAUUGUUGGCUGACGAGUCGUGUAAUGUAUGUAAUUUAUACAUAGAAUAAAU